CGAAUUACAGAUCAAUCCGCGCUUGCCGCGCCCAUCACGGGAGUCCCACAAUCGCUGCCACCUAGCUUCUCACUUUUGGACCACAGCUAGACGAACCAGAUUACCAGCCAGGCCUCCCUUCAGCUGGCCGUUUCGCGCACCCCGCACGAUGUCCAGCACAACCUUCGGCCAGAAAGGCAUCGAUGCCGUCCAGAGAAAGGACUAUGCAGCAGCCAUUACUCUUCUCGAUAAGGCGCUCAAAGACUCAAAGUCACCAAAGUGGUUGCUUGCCCGCGCGCAGGCACAGCAGCAGCUCAAGAACUGGGAUGAUGCACUUCACGACGCCGAGACGGCCUACCACUCCGCAAUAGAGCGCGGAUCCGGCGACUCGCGCAAGCUCAUGAUCGAGGCCCAAUACCGUCGUGCCGCCAUCUACUUCAAGCUCGGUCGCUACGCCGACGCAGACUGCUGCGCUAAAUGGAGCAUGCUGCUUGCGGAGGGUCGGCGUGCCGGCGAAGACGACGGCGUCGAUAAAAAUGUCGACAGCGAAGGCCAUUACACCGUCACUUAUGCGGAUGGAGUUGCAGACAAGGAAGGGCAGCCGGGCCAGAACGGAGGAGGCAUUGGUGGGCAGGUUAACACCCUGGUGACCACACCCAAGACCGGAUUCGAAGCAGAUUGGAACCGUGCAUAUGCCUUCAGGAGCCAAGCCCUCGGUGCACUGAAACAGCUUCCCGAAGACCACCCAGGGCGAAAGGUUCUGGUAUCGAAGGUUCCCCCCAAGACACAGAAGAAGGCGCCCCAGCCGGUAGAGUCUGAUAGCGACGACGACCUACCAACUUCGAAGGCUGCAAAUAAGCCCGAACACCCUGCGCCCGGCUCGGUCCCCGACGAGAAGAUGAAGCUCCGUGCAGACUUCUACCAGACCAACCAAAAUAUCACGAUCUCUCUAUUCGCAAAGGAUCUGAAUAAAGAGGACAUUCAAGUCCAGUUCACCAAGACCACGGCCCGGAUCUCGCCGAUUCCGCGCGAAUUUGCUUCUUAUGUGAAGCCAGGUGACAGAGAAGCCACCUCGACGCUUGUUUUCGGCGGUGAAAUUGUCCCUUCUGGCUCGCGGUGGUCCGCGACACCCCGCAAGAUUGAGUUGGUUCUCCAGAAAGCCACACCUGGCAAGUGGAGUGGAUGGGGAGAGGAGAAGAUUGGUGCCCAGGGCCCCGAGACCACUGAAGUCGGAUCCAGUGGACCCUCUGGAACACACGAAACGUCGAAAGAUGCAGUAUCUACCGGUUUAGAGAAGAUUGUCGCGCCAUCAGCGUCGGUUGCACCCCCAGAACAAGCGAGUGCUCCAGUAUAUCCAACGAGCAGCAAACUCGGGCCGAAGGACUGGGAUAAACUCGGCGAGGGCGAGGAUGGCGAUGACGAGGAUAAGCAGGACGUCAAUUAUUUCUUCAAGCAACUGUACAAAGGCUCGAGCCCAGAGCAGCAGCGUGCCAUGAUGAAGAGCUUCAUCGAGAGCAAUGGCACGGCACUUAGCACGGAUUGGAACGACGUCAAGAGCCGCACGGUGGAGUCAGUUCCUCCCGACGGUGUUGAAGCGAAGAAGUGGGAAUCUUAAACCCAGGACUCGAGAAAUCUACGAGUUGUUUAU